AUGAAGGAGUUACUAUCCACAAUGGAGCCAGAUACCGAUGCCAAUGAUGUGAAAGAACUGAAACAACGAACACACAUGCUCUGUGCGAGAUUCCUUGGCGGCGCAUGGAAGACCGUACCACUUGAGGAACUUCGCAUCAGUAGAAUCAAAGGUGGAAUGAGCAAUAUGUUAUUCUUAUGCCGACUUUCCGAGCUACAUCGACCAAUUCGUAACGAGCCGGAUAAGGUUUUACUGCGAGUUUAUUUCAAUCCCGAAACGGAAAACCAUUUGGUUGCUGAAUCAUCGCGACCGUUGACAUGUCGAGAAAUCGCCUUACCAGUAAUGUCCUCGAAAAUAGCAAAACGUUUGUCAAAGGUACACCAAUUGGAAGUGCCGAUAUGGAAAGAACCUGAUUACAUCUGUGAUGCUUUACAACGCUGGUUGUGCCAAUUGAUGAAGACGGCAACUGGCCAGAACUCCUUCAUUUUACCCUCUCGAUAUUCCCAAUGGGCUCCACCAUUUUUGACAUGCGAACAUAUCGCACGAGAACUUGAUUAUUUAAGGCAAAACAAUGGAAAUAUUCUCUUACCAAAGGCAUCCUCUGGAAAUAUUCGGCAAUCGUCAAUUUGUGAAGAGUCGGUUGCAUCGUUAAGUCUUGCAGCUUCUAAUCCAGCUGAUCCUAGAUUAGUGCUAAUAGAUUUCGAGUAUGCGAGCUAUAAUUAUAGAGGAUUUGACUUCGCAAACCAUUUUGUUGAAUAUACAAUUGACUACGAUGUUGCAGAACACCCGCACUAUCAGAUAUAUCCAGAACAGUUUCCUGAAGAUGAGCGGGAGACCCUUCCAUUUGUUCCUGUUUCCCACUUUUUCUGGGGUGUUUGGGGUCUUCUACAAGUCGAGUUGUCACCGGUAGGAUUCGGAUUUGCGGAGUAUGGUCGAGACCGGUUAGGCUUGUACUUCCAAACUCGUCAUCUGUUGGAGAUGUUCAACGACGACAUCAACGUUCAGACGUAA